GCGGCUGCGCGCCUGCGCGAGGGCGGGCGGCGGGGACGCGCGCGGCGGGGGCGGGCUUAGCCGAACGCCGAGCUGCAGCCGCCGAGACGGACGUGUCCGCGAAGAUGGCGGGCCGGAGCAUGCAGGCUGCGCGAUGUCCUACGGAUGAGUUGUCUUUAACCAACUGUGCAGUUGUCAAUGAAAAGGAUUUCCAGUGCGGCCAGCACGUGGUUGUGAGGACCUCCCCCAAUCACAGGUUCACGUUCACCCUGAGGACCCAUCCGUCCGUGGUGCCUGGGAGCAUCGCCUUCAGCUUACCUCAGCGAAAAUGGGCUGGACUUUCUAUUGGCCAAGAAAUAGAAGUCUCCCUGUAUACAUUUGACAAAGCCAAGCAAUGUAUUGGUACAAUGACCAUCGAGAUCGAUUUCCUGCAGAAAAAGAACAUCGACUCCAACCCUUACGACACGGACAAGAUGGCAGCAGAAUUCAUCCAACAGUUUAACAACCAGGCCUUCUCAGUGGGACAGCAGCUCGUGUUUAGCUUCAAUGAAAAGCUUUUCGGCUUGCUGGUGAAGGAUAUUGAAGCCAUGGACCCCAGCAUUCUGAAAGGAGAGCCCGCUACCGGGAAAAGACAGAAGAUUGAAGUGGGACUGGUUGUUGGGAACAGCCAAGUGGCAUUUGAGAAAGCAGAAAACUCGUCACUCAAUCUCAUCGGCAAGGCUAAAACCAAGGAAAAUCGCCAAUCCAUCAUCAAUCCCGACUGGAACUUUGAGAAAAUGGGAAUUGGAGGUUUGGACAAGGAGUUUUCUGAUAUCUUCCGACGAGCGUUUGCGUCUCGGGUGUUCCCGCCGGAGAUCGUGGAGCAGAUGGGCUGUAAACAUGUUAAAGGCAUCCUGCUGUACGGGCCCCCGGGUUGUGGUAAGACUCUCUUGGCGCGACAGAUUGGCAAGAUGUUGAAUGCCAGAGAGCCCAAGGUGGUCAACGGGCCAGAGAUCUUGAACAAGUACGUGGGAGAAUCGGAGGCGAACAUUCGGAAGCUCUUUGCUGAUGCUGAAGAGGAACAGAGGAGGCUUGGUGCUAACAGUGGUUUGCACAUCAUCAUCUUUGAUGAAAUUGAUGCCAUUUGCAAGCAGAGAGGGAGCAUGGCCGGGAGCACAGGUGUCCAUGACACUGUUGUCAACCAGCUACUGUCCAAAAUUGAUGGGGUAGAACAGCUGAACAACAUCCUAGUCAUUGGAAUGACCAACAGACCAGAUCUGAUAGACGAGGCUCUCCUUCGACCUGGAAGACUGGAAGUUAAAAUGGAGAUCGGCUUGCCAGAUGAGAAAGGUCGACUGCAGAUCCUUCACAUCCACACGGCAAGGAUGCGAGGCCACCAGUUGCUGUCUGCUGAUGUGGACAUUAAAGAACUGGCUGUGGAAACCAAGAACUUCAGCGGUGCUGAGCUCGAGGGCCUGGUGCGCGCAGCACAGUCCACCGCCAUGAACAGACACAUAAAGGCCAGUACUAAAGUGGAAGUGGACAUGGAGAAAGCCGAGAGCCUGCAGGUGACACGAGGAGACUUCCUGGCUUCUUUGGAGAAUGAUAUUAAACCAGCAUUUGGCACAAAUCAGGAAGAUUACGCCAGUUACAUUAUGAAUGGAAUCAUCAAGUGGGGUGACCCCGUUACUCGUGUCCUGGAUGAUGGGGAGCUGCUGGUUCAACAGACUAAGAACAGUGACCGCACACCGUUGGUUAGCGUCCUUCUGGAAGGCCCUCCGCAUAGUGGGAAGACUGCUCUCGCUGCAAAGAUUGCAGAAGAAUCCAACUUCCCCUUCAUCAAGAUCUGCUCUCCUGAUAAGAUGAUUGGCUUCUCUGAGACUGCCAAGUGUCAGGCCAUGAAGAAGAUCUUUGAUGAUGCAUACAAAUCCCAGCUCAGUUGUGUGGUCGUGGAUGACAUUGAAAGAUUGCUAGACUAUGUCCCCAUUGGCCCUCGGUUCUCCAAUCUGGUCCUACAGGCUCUUCUUGUGUUACUGAAAAAGGCACCUCCUCAGGGCCGUAAGCUUCUGAUCAUCGGGACCACUAGCCGCAAAGAUGUCCUGCAGGAAAUGGAAAUGCUCAACGCGUUCAGCACCACCAUCCAUGUGCCCAACAUCGCCACAGGAGAGCAGCUGCUGGAAGCCCUGGAGCUUUUGGGCAACUUCAAGGAUAAGGAACGCACCACUAUUGCACAGCAAGUCAAAGGCAAGAAGGUCUGGAUAGGAAUCAAGAAGCUGCUCAUGCUGAUUGAGAUGUCCUUGCAAAUGGAUCCUGAGUACCGUGUGAGGAAGUUCCUGGCCCUCCUGCGUGAAGAAGGAGCUAGCCCCCUGGAUUUUGACUGAAAACUGUCUGCGGGACGCAGUGACCAAGGGAAGUGACCAAGGCGAAGAGAGCCUGGGAUCUUCACUCUCCUCCUCCAGAUAUGGACUCAGCGAAACGUUAUCUACCUUCAACAUGUGCUUGCGCUGCAUGAUUAGUGCAAUGACGCUCCCCGCUGUCCGCUUCCUGGGACUCUCUCGUGCUUGGUGGAAGGCGCACAUUGGCUGUAGGAUGCUGCGGUUGACCCCUCGGGCUACAGCUGCCUCCUUCCAACCUAGAAGCUCCACAUGUGAAACAUUCCAUGCUUGUGAACACUACAUGUAGUAAGCUCCCUGCCACCCCACCUGCAGAGCUCCCAGCAGAAAUAGCGAGUGUUGCAAGGCAGCGCCUGGCCUGCUGCAGGCUAGCAGCCUGUGUGCAAAACAGGAGGCCUGACAAAAAGGUGGUUUCUGAGGACUGUCUUCCACUUUUCCAGUGGCAACACUAAGGUAGUGGGGUGUUUGGUUAAAGGCUGUCCCAUAAAACCGGUU